AAGAGAGAGACGGGAGGGGGGUGAGGGAGGUUGUGUUCUUUAUUACAAAUUCCUUUUCUCUCCUUGGUGUUUGUUUCUGGGAUUUUUUUGGUUUACUCUGUUAAGCGCGGAGGAGAGAGAAAAAUUUCUCUCUUUUUCUCUCUCUCUUUUUUCCUUAGACGUGGAGAGAGAAAAGCAGAGGGAGAAGAAGGAGAAAGGGAUUAGGGUUUUCGUUGUUGGAACUUGGAAACGAUGAAUGUGAUGCGUCGUCUCAAGAGCAUUGCUUCUGGUCGAUCCUCCGUUUCUGAUCCCGGUGGGGACUCCAGCACAAAGAGGGCAAAGGUCGAUCAAGAAGCAGAACAGAAAGUUGCUGAUGAAUCGCAUUCAGUAGAGAAAAGCACAAGUCUAGAGCAGCAUAUGGCUUCUACAUCACAGGAAACUGCUGCAAGCACAUCCAAUGUAUCCUCUAUUGCAAGAACCGAACAGUCUGGUUAUGAUCAGCUUCCCAAAGAAAUGCAUGACAUGAAAAUCAGAGAUGAAAAAGUUGACCCUCAUGAUGAUAAGGAUGCAGAGCCUACUGUUGUGAGUGGUAGUGGAACAGAAACAGGUCAGAUAAUUGCAACUACAAUAGGUGGUCGCAAUGGACAACCAAAACAGACGGUCUCCUACAUGGCUGAGCGGGUGGUUGGCACUGGUUCCUUUGGGGUCGUUUUUCAGGCUAAAUGCCUAGAAACAGGUGAAGCAGUGGCAAUUAAGAAGGUGCUGCAGGAUAAGAGAUACAAGAAUAGAGAACUCCAAAUUAUGCGCGUACUUGACCAUCCUAAUGUUGUUCAACUAAAGCACUGUUUCUUCUCAACUUCUGAAAAAGAUGUGGUGUACCUUAAUCUUGUCCUUGAGUAUGUAUCUGAAACUGUCUACCGAGUUUCAAGGCAUCACAGCAGGAUGAACCAGCACAUGCCCAUUAUAUAUGUGCAACUGUAUGCAUACCAGAUCUGCCGUGCACUUAACUACAUGCACAGUGUUAUUGGGGUCUGUCAUCGUGAUAUCAAGCCUCAGAAUUUAUUGGUCAAUCCCCAGACUCAUCAGCUAAAGAUAUGUGAUUUUGGGAGUGCAAAGAAGUUGGUGCCAGGUGAACCAAACAUAUCAUAUAUUUGCUCAAGGUAUUAUAGGGCUCCAGAACUGAUCUUUGGGGCUACAGAAUAUACAACUGCCAUUGAUAUGUGGUCUGCAGGCUGCGUUGUGGCUGAGCUUCUUCUUGGCCAGCCACUGUUUCCUGGGGAAAGUGGUGUUGAUCAGCUGGUGGAAAUCAUUAAGAUUCUGGGUACACCCACCAGAGAAGAAAUCAAGUGCAUGAAUCCAAAUUACAAUGAGUUCAAGUUUCCACAAAUCAAAGCUCACCCAUGGCACAAGCUUUUCCAGAAGCGAAUGCCCCCAGAAGCUGUGGAUCUUGUAUCAAGGCUGCUUCAGUAUUCGCCAAAUUUGAGAUGCACUGCCCUGGAGGCAUGUGCACAUCACUUCUUUGAUGAUUUAAGAGAGCCAAAUGCCUGCUUGUCAAAUGGUCGGCCUCUUCCUCCUUUAUUCAAUUUCACACCUCAAGAGCUGGUACACUCAACUCCUGAACUGCGUCAACGUCUCAUUCCUGAGCAUGCAAGGAAAUAAGUUCAUGAGCUUGCACUGGUUUCAUCUGUAGGCAAUACGAAUGGGUUUUUGGAUAUGCUUAGUUGUCCCACGAGCCAUGCUACCUUUGGCCUUCACAGAAUAGUCACAGGAAAUAUGCGGCCUAAGAGAGAGUGUUUGGGGGCUGGCGGGGUUAUCUUUUUGAGGCGGGCAUUUACAAUGGAUUUGCAGGUGGAAUUAUGAGGUGCAUAGGAUUGAGAUUUGAGAUUCCCUACCAUUACAUAAUAUACAGUAUAUGUUUACAAUGUGCUAUUUUGUUGUAUGCCUGUGUUCUGAUAGAUGAGCUGCCACAUAAUAUAUGUUACCAUCUUUGUAGUCAUAGGGUUUAUGGCCAUUUGAAUGUGCUUAUGAUGGAGGCUAAGGAAAAUCAUAAAAACCCAGCUGAAUUAGGAUAUUCUUAAGUCUAUACCGUUUCUCGUUGGCUGUUGGUGUUAAUGAGAAAAUUCAAGUUUUCAAGGAACUUAUGUGGUCCCAAUUUUGGUUUCUGAGUUUCAAUACAUGCAUCCCCGUUUGUUUUCCUC